CGAAAAACAGUAACCUUUCCCGUUCGCGUCAAUCGCUUGGUGGUUCUCUGUUUUCAACUGGCGGCACACGAAAACAUUCGGCCGUCCUUCCCAGCGGACCACUGGGCCGGAAAGGGUCCGGUCGGUACAGUUUAUCAACUCGAUCAAACAUUUCAACUUUACAAGUGGUGGCCAAGUCGGAAUACAAUAUUCUAGAAUGUUAUGGUCUACCGCUGCCCAUUCAAGUCAGCGAAAUCCUAACGUUUGCCGAGCGAAAUGCUCCGGUUUCAAUCAAUUACGGCCAGAACGGAUGGGCUUGGAUGGUUCAUGGUCGGCGACUGCUUAUUUGGCAGUACAGAGAAAGCCUUUCGAAAGCAGCGGUAUUAUCGAAUGGAGAUGGAUUUCCUACUCCUCGUCGAGCAAUGGCCAGCCAGUGUAGACAGCUGACGCUCCCUCACUGUGACAUCGGGCACAAAGCAACGCUUAUUUCGGUGUUCAUCACCGAAGGGCACCAGAUGGCUUCCUGUUUGGCGGUUUCGCCGGCCGGUGAUGUCCGCUACUGGCCAUCGAUUGCGCACGAUGGUUCCUCGAUCGACGAAUGUAACAUACUGGAGGGACAGGAGUUCGAGGAAUUAGUUUCGCUGAACAGCGGAAACUACCUGCUGGUGACGACGACCUGCAGUUUGGUACAGUUACAAAUUCAGCUCCAUUCCGGCCGGCAGGUUAUAGUGUCGCGGCAUAUUAAACCGCCCUCCGGAUUCUUCGGAGGGAUUGGCAAAAAGUUCGCCUCGAUUAUCAUUGGGAUGCACAGCAGUCAGGAACGGGAAAAUAAACUGGUGAAAGUCUGUUGCGAAAAAGUAUCGCACCACGAGUGGCAUCUAACGGUGCUAGCUGACAAAUGGAUCCAACGAUGGGCUCUGAGCUCAGGGAGCAACCAAAACGAACGAUUCCUAUGCGAAGAUGCCGAAAUUAUGCGGAAGAUUCGUGAAUUUUUCGUGCACAAAUUGUGGGCUGCUGGCAGUCGUGACAGCAAUAGUUCCGACAUUGAACUGUGGACUCUGGAUAUGCAAGCAACGGAUCGGGGAGUGGUAAUUCUGGCAGCCGCCUGUAAUCAACAGCGAACGCCACAAGUGCACUACGCCCUUCUAACCUUCGUCUACGAAGGCGACGGAAUGGUACUGAAGGAAAGCGCAUUCAUGAAGUAUAAAGGGUUUUACAGCCGUGAGCGUGAAGAGGAAUACCUUGGAUUCAAGUUUGUGGCCAAUCGAGCAACGGCUUACGUUUACAACGACAAAGUUAUCUAUCCUGUAUCGCUAGACCGGGCUACCGGAGUAACUGGUAGUAGCGAAAGUAGCAGCCCAUCCGAGGAACUGGAGAAAAUAGAGUUCAAUAUUCAAGACGAUCGGAUUCUAGCAUCCAAUUGUUUCCAAAACACUGCAAUAUUCUUUUCCUUGAUUCAUGGUUUAGUCGUACUCACCGCUUCAGAUUUUGAACCGAACAGCGAAGUGUUCAACUCUUCGGUAUCAUCGGAUGUGUUCAAUCCAAAUAUUUCGGUCAAUGAUUCAGCUUUUAUCUCACAGUCUAUUUUUGUCCCAGCAACAACAAAUGCAGGUAAUUUGGUUUUGUACGACCUGGACCCAGAGGAGAUUAGUAACACCGAUAAAGACAACGUCAGCCAGUUGAAAGCCGCCUUCAUCUACCACAUCAAACGGAAUUCGUCGGCCUCGAACGAAAUCAUCAACCAAAUUGUGGUUAACUUGGAGCCAAAGUCCAUAGAUAGUGAGUUAGAUGAAGUUGUGUUAAGAAUUGCACAAGAUUUAGCAGAGGAUAUACCGGCAGCUGAUCCCCGUUGGGAAGCAACCCAAAAAUUUGCUCUCGGUUCAUCUACAUCGAUGCAAAUUGUGCAGCAACUUCGCGAAAAAAAUAUUGCCUUGACACAAUUUGUUGAAUUUUUGAAAGUAUCCGGCAUCUGGGAUCAAUUAGGAGCCAGUACUGUAAGCGAUGCGAUCCGUCCAACGGUACAACUUUUGUCAGAUAUAGGUGAAAAAAUUGUUGCUGCCAUUGCGCUCAAAUGCUUACACAACAGCCAUGCUCGUAUCAUCGACGAAUCAAUCGAUUUAGUUUUAUCAGAAGGUAAUCGCUCGCCGCCAUCGCCUAAUCUUACCAAUCAGGAUCUGUUCUACGUACAGGUCAAUCAAGUUCAUGAAAUUUUCAAGGUAUUAUCGGAACUUGUUGAAAACUAUGUUAAACAGGAAUUCACAACGACACAGAUUCAGACGGCUUUAGUUGAGAUCAAUUCUAUAACAAUAGCUGUUCUGCAGGAGGUCAUGAAAUUCCGCGAGUCUAAAUCAGAAUUGUUUGCUGUAAACAGUGAUCUAACCAAUCGGUUCGAGAAUUUUCCAUGGACAGCUUCAUCGGGUCGUUACGGAAUGAAAGAUAUUCUAUUGCACAUGAUCGCUAACACAUUGAAGUACGGCAUCAAGGGUACCGGCGAGCCAGAGUUCAAAAUCAAACAUUACAAGCACAUGACCGAACUGGUUGAUUUUGUACUGGAUGGACGGAAGCGGUAUUUGGAAAGCGUUCAAGAUGAUGGAAAACGAACAGUUUUGAUGCAGCAAUACGAAUCUCAGAGGAGCGAUCUUAUUUUUCCACUGGUUGACGCUGAACAAUACGAACUCGCAGCAAAGCUGGCUGAAAAGUAUCUCGACUUUCAGAUUUUGGUUGUGAUUUGUGACAAAACCAACAACCAGUCACGUUUGGACGAUUACAUUGAACGUUUUAAAGAGCACGACUUUUCACAAUUUGCCAUAAGCUGGCACAUGCGCCAAAAUAAGCAAGGUGACAUUUUCCAGAGAUUCAAAGGGAACAAGGCAGAGCUGGCCAGGUUUUUAACGGAUCACCCUUCGCUAGCCUGGAUACAGUUAGUAUUCAAUGGAGAACUGGGACAGGCUGCAGAAGUUCUCUGUUCGUUGGCGCAAAACGAAAAGGAAUUGGUGAACCGAAAACGGGUUAUGCUUUCACUUUCCAAACUUUGCGCCCUAGCUGCCGAAGGUGACUUUAGCACCCAAAUUAGUGAAAUAAAUUCCGAAGCAAAGCUGUUGGAUUUGCAAGAACAGAUACCGGAGGAAAUUCUCAACAUCUACGGCUACGACACCAAGAACGCCAAAGUACUAUCACCGGAGGAAAUUGUUGAUUUAUACAUUGCUGAUGAAUACACCAAAUCUUCCGAGACAGAGUUCCGUAAGGCGCUAGAACUGCUAGAUUUCGUCGAGGAACCGAUGGAGGUGCGGCACAAAAUCUGGUGCGCAGCUAUACUCAGAGACAACUGGGAAACGUACAACCGCAACGCGCCGUUGGACACGAUGCAAAACAUGAUGUUUUUCCGGCUGAUCGACCUGUGCUACAUACUGGAUGGGGAGUUGGAAAAUUUCCUGCCAGCGGUAGAGAAUUUCCUCACUGCACCAGAGCUUGGUGAACUGGUCGAGAGCAAGGCAUUCCAGUAUUUGAUCAAACUGGGAUACGAACACAUUUACGAGUCAUACCGGAAGAAGUAGAAACACUCUCAGAACCCGGGCGCAGCGUAAUUCGGUAAGUAAAUGUUUUAGGUACUUUUUUUGUAAUAAAUGUUACGUAUUAUGAAA